AUGUUUGAUAAUUACAUUACAUUUCCGAAAGAAGUAUGGUGGUUAAUUUUUAGCCAAUCCAAGAACCCUCUACGACUCUUCUCCCGCUUUUAUAGAGCUUCUCGUGAAUUUAAACUCUUAAUAGAAGACUACUUUAAAGAAAAUGAGAUAUUUAAAAAACUAUGUGAGGGUAAUAUUGAAUUUUGGGCGAAUCAAAUUAUUUCAAAAGUACAUCCCAAUAAGUUGAUAGAUUUAAAACGACCUUUAUCACCUGAAGAUUAUAAGGAGGUUUUAAAGUACUAUUAUAAGUGGCGAUCGCCAAAAGCCUUCUCAACACUUGUAACAGAAUUUGGAUACGGGUUGAAAGAAGAAAUAACAUGCACCACUGUCUGGCGUGAUUUUUUAGUUGCCGGGUCAACUAGUGGCAAAGUAUUUUUGUCUGACAUCGAGAAAGAUCAUGACCAGAUCGCGAUUGGAUUUGAAAAUAAUCACGCUGUAAAGAACUUAAAAGUCUGGCUUGCUGAGAAAGAUCUAGAAGUAGUUGUAGUGCAGUUACAAAAUAAAUAUCUAAAAUUCUUCAACCUUACAACUCAGGAUGAAAAACCGCUUCCAUCCCUUCUGAUAUAUUACGCUAAUAAUAUUUGUGUAGGCGUCGAUAAUCGAUUCUUUGUUGAAUAUGGUUAUAAUAUCACAGAGUACAAAUUUAAUUAUGGAAAAAUAAUUUUUCGCAGAACAUGUGAUGUAUCAAUUCUUCUAAAAUCUAGCAUUAAAUUAUGUACUAAGUUUCUUACUAUGCACAGUGAAGGUGAUCUGUUGAUGGUGAUGAUACAAAUUGAUGAUGAAGUACAAAUUUUCGAACUAAACUUCUCCACAGACGUUUACAAAGAUCCCAAAAUGGUGAAUCGUAAAGUUAUUAGAAUCCUUAAUAUUUUCGAGUUAAAAAACACUAUGAUAUCUGUAAUACCUCAUAAAGAACUUGAGCUUAUAUUUUGUGAUUAUAGAUUAGCAGCGUGUAGCAGAAAAUUUUCAAAAAAUGAUCAAUGUUGCCUAGAAUAUGGAUUACUUGAAUUAGAAAAUGAUUUUAUUACUUGCGCGGCAAUGUACGCGAACAUUUUACUACUAGGCUGGAACUCAGGUUUAUUCAGCAGAAUUUAUUUGAAUAGUCUAGAAGAUUUUAAUCAUUUCAAUAAUCCACCACAUCCCCUGAGUAAUACAUUUCAACUAAGUCUUGAUCCUAUUAUCGCCAUAAAUCUCGGUGAAUUUGCCGGUAUUUCGUACAUUAUAGUAACCACAAAAAAUGGUCAAUAUUUAAUCACUAGUAAACAAUAUUCUGAUAAGAUUCACUUACUAAAAUCUAUUGAUAGUGAUGAUGAUGAUGAUGAUGAUGAUGAUCCUCAUUUAUCAAAAAGAAUGAGAUUAUCAUAA